ACUCUGGCCACGCCCACUUGCCGUGGACUUCCUCCUUUGUCACUCGCUUCGAAUCAUCCGCCCUCGCCCACACUGCACCAUGGACUGGAGGGAUGUGGUCUACAGCCCACUCUGGAUGGUGUCCACGGUCCUGCUGGCCCUGGUGGUGCGUCUCCAGCGGAGAGGGUGCUGGGACCCGCGCUCGUGCCCCACGCAGCUCCGUGGGAAGACCGCAAUGGUGACUGGAGCCAAUUCAGGUAUCGGAAAGUCAAUUGCCAUGGACUUUGCUCGCCGUGGCGCCCGUGUCCUCCUGGCCUGUCGAAGUGUGUCCCGCGGGGCGGCGGCGGCUGAAGAAAUCAAAGCAAAAACAGGCAACUCUGACGUCCACGUGCGCCAGGUGGAUCUUUCCUCCCUGGACUCUGUCGGGGAUUUAGCGGAGAAGAUUUUGAAGGAGGAGAAAGCGCUCCACAUCCUGGUCAACAAUGCUGCAGUGUCAGGUUUACCCCGGCAGAUCACCCACGACGGAUUUGAUCUUUCUUUUGCAACCAAUCAUUUGGGACCCUUCCUUCUCACCAACCUUCUGACUGACCUGAUGAAGACUUCCACUCCAGCACGGAUUGUCACCCUCAGCUCUGUCAACCACAAAAAGGGUGAAGUGGACUUUUCUCAUUUUCAUGGGGAGAAUUUGACUCACCGUUUGGAUCGCGUCUACAACCACACUAAGCUGCACAACAUCAUCUGCACUAACGAGUUAGCACGCAGGCUGCAGGGAACAGGUGUCACCGCCAACUCGGUCCACCCUGGUGUUGUCAUGACGGGAAUGAUGAGACACUACCCCUUUAGGAUUCGUUGUCUCUUCAGCCUCAUUGGACAGCUCUUCUUCAAGUCCGCAGAGGAGGGAGCAGUGAGCGCCAUCUACUGCGCCGUGUCGGAGGAAGCAGAAGGCGUAACUGGGAAGUACUUUGACAGCGACUGUUCCCUGGUCCUCCCCGCCCCCUUAGCUCGGGACCCGGCCCUCGCUGCCAAGGACUUUGACAUCUGCCAGAGACUGACCUCCAGGUUGUGAUGAAAGUCCUCUUGAUAACAGGAAGGAGUCAAAGUCUGUGUUCUUUAUGCCUUCUCUGACAUCAUCACAACAAAUCCAUUGUAAAAAAAGAAAAUAUCUG